CCAUACGAGCAGCAUCCCAAGUACCAUCAUAUACCUAGAUGAAUAUACUGCUCAUCGGAGUAGACAACGGGACAUACAUUCACCGAGAGAGUUCAUCAACUUCCAUGCACGGCUAAUUCCUAUUGGCUCGGUGUAGCUCGAACAGGAUCAACCUCGAUCAUGUGAAAGAUGACUUCAACUGGAGCUGACGAAUUAGGCUCGUAUACAGGCGUGAUGGUAGUCAGUCCAUGAUUCACAAUGACGAGCUGUCAUCCGAACUUGAGGUGGGGAAAUAGGUUAAAUGCCCAUAUCGGACAGGGCCGAGAACUUUAUUGCGGGUAAGGUUAGAGUUGACAAUUGACACCGGCUCGGCAAGUUUGACAUUUUUGAACUCUAAAGAGAUGGUUCGUAUUGACCACAGAAAUAAAAGAACCGAGGACUCGCCCAUUUCACAAUGAACGGACUGCUUAGAUUUCUACCACGUACGGCUUGCAAACGGCAGACAAGGUACAUGACAUGGCGGGAAAAGUAAGCCUAGCAACACCCGACGAUAUCCCCGACCUCGUGGAGAUAUUCUGGGAAGCCUUCAGCGGGCCCGGGGAAGUAGUGUUCCCACAGACAGAAGGCGGACGCAAGUGGCUCCAGCGGAGUUUCGAGAACUUCCUAGGCCAGAAGUCCUACUACAAGCCUGAGUCCAAGGUUGCCGUCGUCAGGAAUCUCAACAGUAAACCUGUCGCGCUCGCAAUUGUCCAUAUUGUCCAUUCGGGUCAGAGCAUUUCGGGAGAUGCUUGGAAGACACGAUGGACGCGAUGUGAUGACAUUCCGGGUAUGAGUGAAGAGAAGCUCGCCGAGUUCUUUGAGCCGUUGGCCAGAGCUCACUAUCUAGUUGUGGGAAAAGAAGGCCACGUGUUCAUCGAGCUCAUCAUGACAAAAUCGAGCAACCGAGGAAGGGGAUACGCAUCGGCGCUUAUGGAAUGGGCGACGAAGUUGGCGGAUAGCCUCGACAUCCCAUGUUACCUGGACGCUGGGAUGCGAGGCAUGGGGAUCUGCGACCGGUGUGGGUUUAAGGCGCAAGACAUUGAAAUACGAUAUGGAGGCCCACCGCCUUGCACACCGAUGUUGCGUACCAAAAAAUAG